AUGGAUUUCUCAGGCCCCGGCGGUCCUCGCCGCCAUCUUGACCUUGAAGAAGGUCGCGAGGUUGUCUUUUGCCACAACUGCGACCAUGAAUGGUACCGUGAUGAGCACGGCCUGCAAUGCCCCCGCUGCAAUAGUGAUGUUUGCGAGAUCAUAUCCCCAGACAAUGACCCUCGUGAUAUCAGACCCGAGUCUCCCGACAGCGAUGUCCUCCGCGGCGGCCAUUUUGGUCCCCACGACUUCGGCCAUGGCCACGGCCACGACCAUGAUCACGACCACGAUCGUUUCUCCGAUCCAGGCGAAGAUGAUAUAGAAGAUCAUAUGGAUCCCCGCGGCCAGAUACAUAGUGGACCUGGGGGCUUCAUGUGGUCACAGAGAACAUACCGCAGCCCUGACAGACAGCAUGAUGGCUCUGGUGGAUAUCCAGGUCGUUCCGGCCCGGUGGAUCCCAGUAGCGAGCAAGAGAUUUUCCAGCGCUUUCAGGAGACUAUCAACAUGCUCACUGGUCUUCCCUUCGGUCCGCCUGGUAGACAGGAUCGCCCUAGUCCUGGUCCCCCAAACGGUGACGCAGGUGCUAGCGGACCGGGCAUGCGCACUACGACGUACCGGAGUCCAUCGGGACAUACUAGUUUCACCAUAACUACUGGAGCUAUGCGGGUUCCUUUCGGGGCUCGUGGAGGAAUCGACCAAGAUGAUGGCUUUGAUAUAACAUUCAGCAAUUUCAUGGGCGGCGGAGGCGUGCAGCCUCCAAGGGCACAGAAUCCCGGUCUUGCUGGUGGACUUGGCGACAUCUUCUCUCUCCUUCUCGGCCCAGGUGGUCCAAAUGCUGCGCAUGGGGAUGCUGUGUACACUCAGGAGGGUCUUGAUCGAAUCAUUACGCAGCUCAUGGAGGCUAACCCUCAGUCGAACGCCGCGCCACCAGCAUCUCAGUCAGCGAUCGAGAAGCUGGAGAAGAAGAAGCUGGACAGGCAGAUGAUGGGUGACAGCGCGAAGGUGGAGUGCACUAUAUGCAUAGAUGAGAUGCAUCUGGGAGACGAGGUCACAGUUCUGCCCUGCAAGCACUGGUUUCAUGGUGAAUGUGUGGUUUUGUGGCUGAAGGAGCACAACACAUGCCCAAUAUGUCGAGCACCAAUCGAAAAGCAAGGUGGCAACAGCGCUGGUGGCAAUAAUGAGAACGGGGGCAAUGGCAGUGGGGACGACUCCAGCAACCACCAGCAGCGUCGGCCCUCAGGGGCUCGCCUUGGCCCAUUGGGUGCUUUGUUUGGUGCCGCUGAGCCAUGGUCACCUUCAGGUGGAUCAGGCUCUUCUGCACCCUCUGCCUCGCAACACAGCACCCAACACAACACGAGGGCUACGCGAACUCCUGAGGAUAGAGAACGACGCUUGAACUCGAUCCGGAAUUUGGCGGGAUCAUCCAGCUAUGGCCGUUCAGGACCUGAAUCAUCCCGGCACGGCACACAGCGAAGAGACUCAUGGUCACCUACUAGCCCGGGACCUACCAGUCUGACCUCGGCUAGAAACCGUUCCCCAUCUGGACCACGUGUACGCCUGGGACGGGCCAACUCGUCAGGCCUUGGAGGCGGAGAUCACGACUCACAGCCCUCCAGCCGCGGCAGUAACAAUUCUGGCGGAAGCGCCGGAGGCUCCUCCAACCCCCUUAGUUGGAUUAGAGACCGCAUCUCUGGAAAUGGUGGCAGUGGCAGUGGGAACAACAAUGGACGACGACGUUCCUAG